AUGUCGGAACAAGAAGUUACCCUGGAUUCGCUGCCAAAGCUUCUAGAGAAUGACACCAAGGUCAAGCUGGCGGGUGUGGAUGUCGAUGGCAUUUUGCGUGGCAAGCUGAUCUCGAAGAAGAAGUUCCUGGGCAUCGCAAAGGAGGGCUUCGGCUUCUGCUCGGUGGUCUUUGGGUGGGAUAUGCACGACCAGACAUACUUCCGCGAAUUGAAGGUCAGCAAUGCCGAGAACGGCUACCAUGAUCUUAUUGCCAUCCCAGACUUGAGUAGCUUCAGGCGGAUACCGUGGGAGGACAAUGUGCCGUUCUUCCUGAUCUACUUCAAGGACCCGGAUUCGGGGGAGCCUGUCAGUGCUUGCCCUCGAGGUCUGCUGAAAAGCACCGUGGAUAAACUGCACGCAAGUGGUUAUGGUGCUAUGGCCGGAGCUGAAUACGAAUUUUUUCAAUUCAAAACCCCCUCUGCAGAUAGCAGCGGCGGCCCUCUCGCCGAACGAAACACUUCCUCCACUGCGACUUUCCUCAAGAACAACCCCGUUGAUGCUCUGCCUUCUCUGACCGAAGGCAUGUUCGGAUACAGUCUGACUCGACCAGUACAAAACAAGGAUUACUAUUAUGGGAUCUUUGAUGCGUGCGAGAAGUUCAAUUGUGGAAUAGAAGGGUGGCAUACGGAGAGUGGACCUGGAGUCUUCGAGGCUGCCUUGGCAUUUGGAGAGAUCCAAGAAAUGGCAGACAAGGCUGCAUUAUUCAAGUAUGUGGUCAAGUCGAUAGCGACAGGUUACGGCAUUACACCCUGCUUCAUGGCAAAACCUAGACAAGGUCUCCCAGGGAACAGCGGACACAUGCACAUCUCCAUCGUGGACAAGCAGGGCAAGAACCUAUUCUGCCGCGACAAGAAAGACACGAAUGCAGAAUGGACAGACACCGAGAACCUAUCUGACAUGGGCCGGCAUUUCCUCGCAGGUUUACUAGAAGGUCUCCCAGACAUCAUGCCUCUUCUCGCACCUACUGUAAACUCGUACAAGCGCCUCGUGGAGAACUUCUGGGCGCCUGUCACCGUGUCCUGGGGAUUAGAGCACCGUGCAGCCUCUAUCCGACUCAUCGCGCCACCAACUGCCAAGUCUGGCGCGACGCGAUUUGAAGUCAGAGUCCCAGGCGCGGACACAAACCCUUUCUACGUUUUGGCUGCUAUCCUAGCUCUGGGCUGGCGAGGCGUGGAGAAGAAACUUGAGAUUAAGCAGGCGCCGCUUGGCAAGGGGCAAGAUGUUGGCGGCAAGGCAGAUCCCGGUGUGCGACUGGCGAAGAGUCUGAAGGAGGCCACGGAGCGGUUCAUGAGGCCGGAGAGCGUAGCGAGAGAAGUAUUCGGAGAUGAGUUCGUGGAGCAUUAUGGGGGGACGAGAGAGCACGAGAUUCGGCUGUGGGAUGAAGCCGUAACAGAUUGGGAGGUGCGAAGGUAUAUUGAGACGGUGUAG